CAUCCUACAUACAAACGCCCAGAACCAAGAUCGAUGAUAGCGAUGGAAAGCGAAAAAGUAGCGUCGUCAAAAAACGACAACACAGCUCAGGAAACAAAUACUAAUAAAUUUUCAAAUGAUGGCAGCUUCAUGGAACAGUUCAAAAAGAGUAUGGAAAAGCAGAAAAGCAGCAAUAAAGAGGAGAAAGAUGUAAAGUCAACUAACUCAUGUUUAGGCCUAGGCCGUGUUGAGGGUAAUGCAGCAGGAGAUGUACUGAAUGGAUCCAGGGAAAGGCCAUGUCCUACUGCCACCAGCAGAAGAAGUCCAGAGAAUUCGCCUAAGAUUGUGGACACUUCAGAAGUACAAUCUUCAUCAGAAAAAAACAAAACUGAUGCGACACAAGUUGGCAUUAAAACUGGCUCUGAAGAUCAGAGUUCUGAAUCACCCGCAGUAAAAAAGAAACAGAGCGUUUUAUCAUUCGUUGGGAAGAGACCAGGGUCGAAGUUGACCCUCAAGACAGGUCAGGUGAAGAAGAAACGCCAGGAGAAGGAUGAGGAAACCGAACCAAAGGAUGCUUGGUCAAAGUAUAUGGCUGAAGUUGAAAAGUUCAGGAAAGGGCUUGAUGAAGAUGGUAAAAACAGACCACUUAUCAAAUAACCACAAAAAUUACAUCCAUCUUCUUAAGUGUGUUCCAGUUCAGUUUAAACAGGACUUAUUUGGUUUGCUUGAGAAUAACAACACAAAAAUAAAAGUUAUUUUUUUUUUCUAUUCUAGGAAUGUACUGUAGUUAUACAGAUAAAUCUUAUAUUUUUCUGUUGAUCAGAAUAAAUUAAAUUUGAUUUCAACAAAAUUAUGUACAGUAGUAUCUACAUUAUGAUUCUUAGUUCUUGGUAAUUUCUUUUUAUCAAAAUAUGUACCUGUUUUUUUUGUAAUUUAGGUACAGUAAUUUUAAAAUUAAUACAAUAAUUUCAAGCAAGCAAUAUAAAGUACAGCAUUUACCGUCUCAUUACAAAGCGUACUGCAAGCAGUUAUAAACAUAAGUAUAAUAAUUUCCAGUAGUGUAUGAUUGAUAUGCAACUAUACUAAUAGUUAUUAUUAUUAUAUUCUGUGUAUUUUAACAGUUAUUAUUGGUUUUGUUGAAUUACAGUAAUUAAGGUUAAUUUUAGGGGCAUUGAGUCAAAAUAAUGCUUUUUGCAAUACGUAAUUCAAGUCAAUCUUGAGCUUCCACGCCAUUAGCGUAACCCCCAAAAUAUAUACCCAACGUUAUCCAGGGUAGUCAGAAAUUCAUGCUUAAUAAUUUACGAAAAUGCAUAACUUCUCGCAGUUAUCAAAAUCUGUUUUAAUGAUUGUACAUACAUACAUACAUACAUACACAUGCUAUGGAGGUAGUAAUUGCAUGUAUGCUGCAAUGCAAUUGUGCAUUAACGGAUCAGUGAUUCUUUUCCUAUCCAUCAUUUUUUGUAUUCUAUUUACCAUAAUUUUCAAUUGAUGCUGGAAUUGUAUUCAAUAUUGAACAUUUAUUUUAUGGUAAUCCACAAUUUGUGUAAAAUCAGUGGAAAAAUAUAAACAAAUGACUACAUACAGUAGCUGGUCUCACUAUCAACAAUAUGUUAAAUGUUUCAUAACAACAGUCACAUUUGACAGAUUCUGAGAUUUAAAUGAUUUUUUUUUUAUUAUGUUCAUCUUUGUAAAUAUCUACAGUUUUGCAAUAAAAGACCAACUUGUGUACAAGAAUAUCAUUAUUUUCUUUGUUGCCUUUAAUUGUAUUAAUAAUAAUCUUGAUAAGUUUAAAUAUACAAUAAUAGUGACAUUAGUUGAUUCAGUUUUACACAAACAUUACAGUACUAUAAAUACAACAGAAAAAAUUACAGUACUCAUUAUAUAUAAAAGUAUUGAAUUGAUUACCAGUUAAUUUAAAAAUCCAAGAUUGUUUUCUAGUGAAAGCUAAGAACUGUAAUACAUAAAUACUGUGCACCCUAAAUAUUGUAUUAAGAAAAAUAAUUGUAGUAUUGUA